UGUCUGAGUUUCCGGAGAGAGGCUGAGCGCAUCUGAGACUUAUCGUCCGUUCCUGAACCCUUUUCUCGCACUUUCACGGGAUUUCAACAUGGACGUUGCCACAGCAAACGCGGAGAAUGCCAGGGAGAUGGUGAAGGACGAGUUGGCGGAGAAAUGUCAGAAGUUGUUCCAGGCUUUCUUAGAGGAGUUUCAGAGCGAGGACGGGGAGGUGAAGUACGUGCGUGAGGCCGAGGAGCUGAUCCGGCCCGAGAGGAACACGCUGCUGGUCAGCUUCACAGACCUGGAGGGCUUCAACCAGGAGCUGGCCACCACCGUCCAGGAGGAGUACUACAGAGUUUAUCCCUUCCUGUGUCGGGCAGUGCGCAACUUUGCUCGGGAUCAUGGGAAUGUUCCUCUCAACAAAGAGUUCUACGUCGCCAUCGAGGAUCUUCCCACCAGACACAAAAUCCGUGAGCUGUCGUCCAUGCGUAUCGGCACCCUGGUGAGGAUCAGUGCUCAGGUGGUGAGGACACACCCAGUACACCCUGAACUGGUGAGCGGCACUUUCCAGUGUAUGGACUGCCAGGCGGUCAUCAAAGACGUCCCUCAGCAGUUCAAAUACUCUCCACCAACCAUCUGCAGAAACCCCGUCUGCAACAACCGCGCCCGCUUCCACCUGGACACACACAAGUCCAAGUUCAUUGACUUCCAGAAGGUGCGUAUCCAGGAGACGCAGGCGGAGCUUCCACGUGGUUCCAUCCCUCGCUCCCUUGAGAUCGUGCUGAGGGCCGAGGCUGUGGAGACGGCUCAGGCCGGAGACCGCUGUGACCUGACAGGGACCCUCAUCGUCGUGCCGGACGUGUCUCAGCUCAGCACUCCUGGUGUGCGAUCAGAGUCCAGCAACCGAGUUGCAGGCGGACCCCAGAACUCCGAGUCUGAGGGUCUGAAGGGGCUGAAAGCUCUGGGAGUCAGAGAGCUGUCCUACAAACUGGCCUUCCUGGCCUGCAAUGUGUCUGCAACUAACCCACGGUUUGGUGGAAAGGAGCUGCGGGAGGAGGAGCAGACUGCAGAGAGCAUCAAGAGCCAGAUGACUGAGAGGGAGUGGGAGAAAGUGUUUGAGAUGAGCCAGGACAAAAACCUGUACCACAACCUGUGCACCAGCCUCUUCCCCACCAUCCACGGCAAUGACGAGGUGAAGCGCGGCAUCCUGCUGAUGCUGUUCGGAGGCGUUCCCAAGACGACCAUGGAGGGAACCUCGCUGAGGGGAGACAUCAAUGUCUGCAUCGUCGGAGACCCGAGUACGGCCAAGAGCCAGUUCCUCAAGCAUGUGGAGGAAUUCAGUCCCCGAGCAGUGUACACCAGCGGCAAAGCCAGCACCGCCGCGGGUCUGACAGCCGCCGUGGUCCGAGACGAGGAGUCCCAUGAGUUUGUCAUCGAGGCCGGAGCUCUGAUGCUGGCUGACAACGGUGUGUGUUGCAUUGAUGAGUUUGACAAGAUGGACGUGAAGGACCAGGUAGCCAUUCAUGAAGCCAUGGAACAGCAGACCAUCAGCAUCACAAAGGCUGGAGUCAAGGCCACGCUCAACGCUCGUACAUCCAUCCUGGCGGCUGCCAACCCCGUCGGUGGUCGCUACGACCGUAGCAAGAGUUUGAAACAGAACGUCAACCUGUCCGCCCCCAUCAUGAGCCGCUUUGACCUCUUCUUCAUCCUGGUGGACGACUGCAACGAGGUGACAGAUUACGCCAUCGCCCGCCGCAUCGUGGACCUGCACUCCCGUGUGGCCGAGUCCGUAGACAGACUCUACUCUCUGGACGAGGUCCGCAGAUAUCUUCUCUUUGCCAGGCAGUUCAAACCUAAGAUCUCAAGCGAAUCAGAAGAGUUCAUCGUGGAGCAGUACAAGCGUCUCCGUCAGCGUGACGGCUCGGGCGGCGUGACCAAGUCUGCCUGGAGGAUCACGGUGCGACAGCUGGAGAGCAUGAUCCGCCUGUCGGAGUCCAUGGCGCGUAUGCACUGCUGUGAUGAGGUGCAGCCCAAACAUGUGAAGGAAGCGUUCCGUCUCCUGAACAAGUCCAUCAUCCGAGUGGAGACGCCCGACAUCAACCUGGAGCAAGAUGAGGAUCUGGAGGAAGAGGAGCAGCAGGAGGAAGGAAACAUCCCCAACGGAGUUAAUGGAGUGAACGGUCACGGGGAUGGCAUUAACGGCCAUGCUGAUGGUAUGAAUGGCCAUGGCAAGGGUGUGAACGGCCACGCUGAGACGGCCAGCCAGGCCAAACCCUCCCUCCGCCUGUCUUUCCCCGAGUACAGACGCAUCUCCAACCUGCUCGUCCUGCAUCUGCGCAGAGCAGAGGAGGCUGAGGAAGAGGAGGAGCUGAAGAAGAGUGCGGUGGUGAACUGGUAUCUGAAGGAGAUCGAGUCAGAGAUCGACUCUGAGGAGGAGCUGGUCAAUCGGAAGGGGUUGAUCGAGAAGGUCAUUCACAGGCUGGUGCACUAUGAUCACAUCCUGAUCGAGCUGUCUCAGACCGGAUUGAAGGGCUCAGAGUCUGAGAGCUCAGAGGAGGAAGGUGUUCUGGUCGUCAACCCCAACUACAACCUGGAUGAUUAAACUGUUUUGCUUCCAUAACUUCUGUUACUAAAUCUUAACAAUCUAAGUGAUGUUCAAGGUGUUGAAUAUGAACGCUCAUAUGUAACACGUACAUAAUAGUAGCAUUGGAGAUGCUAUUAGACUUGUUUUUGAGUUUAUCAUCUCUACUGUAAAAAGAUACGUUUCUGGGGCUCUUAAAGAAAAAGUGUGACUUGUGUAAAUAUGCUGCUCCUUCCUCCCGUCGCUCUCUGGCUCCUGUUUGUCUGACUCCAAGUUGACGGACCUUCCCUGAAUUGUGUUAUUGCUGUUUGUUAUUGUAACUGUAUAUUAAGGGCGUACGGUGCCCUCUGUGGUUUCAUGAUAUGUGUGUUUGUAAAAUGAAGA